AGACAAAAGACACCAAAGGCCAGCCAAAGAGAGAGAGAUGAGAACCUUUCAGAGCCAAAGUCAGCGCGGAGCCUUCAGCACCCUGCACAGCCUCAGCAGCAGCGCCAUGAGUCCACUCCGCACGGCCAGCAUCACCUUCGCAGCCCUCCUCAUCCUCACCAUACCAGUCUGCCAAAGUGCUCCAGCAGAUCUUCAGCAGGCAACAGCAGAUCAGGGGCAGCUACUCAGAGAGAUUGAUGCCAUAUGCUCAUCCUACCUCUCUGAAGACCUGAGGUUUUUGGCAUCUGAUGUCUUAGGAGAACUCUGUGUGUUGAUGCUGGUUCAGAAAUCAAAGGAGCUGAAUGUGAGAGAAAAAAGCAAAAGGUCCCCUCAGUUGCACCCUCUUCUGCGUCUAGUUUCCCAACUAAAUACUAGAAGAGAGAGAGGACUCACAAUGCACGCCGACCUCCAGGGACCUGGAGGAAUCCAGAGCAGAGGCUACUUUCUCUAUCGGCCACGGAAUGGGAGAAGAUCCUUAGAGUAUGAAUGAACUAAAGAGUCUCCACCUCUGAAGCUUAGUGUACAGAGACAAAACAGACCCUGAGACCCAGGCUGCUGCACCGCCACUGAGUGAUCCAGACAUCAAACACAUCCCUCUGCCUC